ACUCAUUCUUUCAAAUCACUAGUCUGUCUAUUCUCCACAAUGUCUUCUUCCAUAGCUAUACCCUUUUGUUUUCCUCAUUUCCAUUUUCUGUUUUCAUUUUUCAAUGGCCGGGAGGCCGAUGACCGCCCCGGUGGACGACCAAACUUUCACCGCCAUGAGAUACCACAAAGGAGCUCUCCUAACUGGUUCUAUCUCGGUGAACUUCAUCUGGUACGGUAAGUUCACCGCCUCCCAACGGGCCAUCCUCUCUGAUCUGAUCACCUCACUCUAUUCCCCCGGUGAGUCCACCGCCGGACCCAGCGUCGCCACGUGGUGGAAAACCGUGGGGGAGUAUUACAAGCAGUCUAACUCGCAGCUUCCUAAGCUCACCCUCGGUGACCAGAUCCUCGACGAGGAGUGCUCGCUUGGGAAAUCGCUCACCGACGAUGAUAUUGAGAAGCUCGCGGCGAAGGGAUCACCGAACAACGCGGUCAACGUCUUGUUGACUUCUGCUGACGUGUCGGUCAGCGGGUUUUGCAUGAGCCGAUGCGGGACCCACGCCGCGUCGAACAAGACGAAAUCGGGACGAUUCACGUACAUCUGGGUCGGUGACUCAGCGACUCAGUGCCCGGGCCAGUGCGCGUGGCCAUUUCACCAGCCCAUUUACGGCCCACAAACUCCACCGUUAGUUGCACCUAACGGUGACGUGGGACUUGACGGAAUGGUUAUCAACGUGGCAAAGUUGUUGGCCGGAACCGUCACAAAUCCGUUUGGUAACGGGUUCUUUCAGGGACCAAAGGAAGCGCCGUUAGAAGCGGCGUCAGCUUGUCCCGGAGUGUACGGCAGUGGGGCCUACCCGGGUUAUGCUGGGGCUUUACUGGUAGACCCGGUAAGUGGGGCCAGUUACAAUGCGAAUGGGGCCCACGGGAGGAAGUUUUUGUUGCCAGCUCUGAUGAACCCUGCCACGUCACAGUGCUCCACUUUGGUCUGAUGGUUCUUAAUUAGUGUCAGCAUGGAAAGAUAGUGAGUGAAAAGUUUGUUGUUUGUAUGUAAAGUCACUUAAAAUUUUGUGUUUAUUUGUUAAACAUGUUGUUAUAUGAAAUUUAUGUUUUUGUUGUUUUUUUAUUAA